AUGAAAGACCUAGCCGACGGCACAGAGUCAAAGGUGGCGGCGAAAAUCAAAGGCGGGAAACAACGGCGGCGGAAGCGGGUGGAACAAUGCGGGUUGAAAUUUCAGCGUGCCAAAGGCUUCGGAGCAAAUGAGAGUGUCUCACUGCGGAAGACCAGACGCAAAACCAAAGGAAAAACCCCAGCUUCCUCUUCCUUGUCCACCUCGGUUCCUUCCCCACCGCCGAUGGAGCCACAGGCGACGAUCGAUGUCCUCACCGAUGACGCCAUCCGCGACAUUCUCCGCCGUCUCUCCCUCGCAGACCUCCUCCGCUCUGCCCUCGCGAGCCAUCACUGGCGCCGCCUGGCCGCCCGCUGCCUCCCCCGCGCCGCUCCACACCUCGGCUACUUCUUCCACCCGACCGCCAUCGGUCCCCCAGCGCCUAUCCCGGACCCCAAGAUUAUCGAUACACCUGCCGAGUUCGCUCCCCUCGACGCCUCCUCGCCGCGCCUCUCUCUCGACUUCGCCCCGGACGCCUCCGUCUUCAAGGUCUACGACUCGCACCAAGGCCUCCUGCUCUUGGAGCCGGUCGUGAUCCUCCCCAAGGGGAUCAUCCCCCGCUUCCUCGUCCUCGACCCGGCCACCCGCCGCCGCACGCUCCUCCCGCCGCCGCCGCGUGACACGGUGCCCGGCGACCGCCGCUGGCGCCGCACCAGGCACUACGUCGGCUCCGCGCUGCUCUCCCGUGCGCACCCGAGCAAGCUCUGCUUCGAGGUCAUCUGCUUCGCCAUCGACGAUGGCCACCCGCGCGCCUGGGUCGCGUCCGUCGACAACGGCGAAUGCUGCUGGCGCGCGCUCCCGCGGGACAAGGAGCUCCUGGUCGAUUUCGACCCCUGGUGGUUCGAGGGCCGCUGCGUGCACGCCGCCGGGAAGAUCUACUGGCACAUCUGCAACUCCGUCCACCGCUUUCUCCAACUUGACACGGCCACACUCAAGUUCUCCUACCUGCCAGUGCCGGCCGUUCUGGGCUACCGUUUCGCCAAGUACCGCAUCGGGGAGACGCCGGAAGAUGGACGGCUCUGCAUAGUGACCGAUGGCGAGAAGCAGCUGCAGCUCUGGGUGCGCGGGGAGGCCAGGUGGAGCGACAAUGGGUGGCUUCUCGAGAGGAAAAUUGUGGACUUGCGCGUUUUGUGCGACUCUGUGCCGGGCCUGACCAGCGACCCCAGACUCAGGCUGCUCAGCGUGUGGCCCACGGACAUGGACGCCGCUCGCACCGGGAAGGUUUUCAUCAAGACCUGGGGAUUCGGGACCUACUCCUUCCAUCUGGACACCGGCAAGCUGGAGCGCCUGUCGAGUAAAGGUGGCAAAGACUACGGGCACCCCAUCUUCGCCUACUUCCUCGCAUGGCCUCCUGCGUUCCUCGCCUCAGACUACUGACUUUUCGUCGGAUGGUGACUUGUAAGGCAUUGGACGAUUGACGUCAGCUAGCAUCCUUUUGUUUCUGGAUCACUACUCUGUACUGCCAUCUUCCCAUCACUCGGCAGACCAUGAAGCUCAAAGUAACUCAUGCUCUAUGAGACUAUUUAAGCAAUUAGAUGAGAUAUUCAGUGACAGUGACGCGUACUGUCAAAUUAUGCUUUUAUUUGGAGGAGCCACGGUUUUGCUCAUAGAGUAUUCAGUACGUAACAUUUAUGGCAUGUCGACUCUAAUUUCAUUAUCCUUGUUCUCAUCGAGCUAUUUGAAUUAGGUGUUAUGAUUUAUC